GACCAAGUCGGACAGAUUUGACGACGCACCAUCAAUGUCAAACCAGCACACUUCGCACUGACCUCAGGAUUUGUUGUCAUAUUUUCAGGUUUCUGCUUCAUUAUAAAACCAGAGGACGAUUCAAAGACAUCACAACCUUCUCCGGUUUAUGUAACGUUAGUUGGUUUUCCGUUCGUCUGUCGCGGACUCUCGCGGGAGGAGUCUAACCGGACAAGAUGCGCCUCACACUGCAGAUGCUGAUCUCACACGGCCGGGUGGCCCGGAAGAUCGGUAUUGGUCCUCGGUCCCGGAUCGACCUGCUGCGGAACAUUUUGACAGGACUGGUCCGACACGAGAGGAUAGAGACCACGUUGGCCCGAGCGGAUGAAGUCCGCUUCUACGCCGAAAAGCUGAUUGAUUACGCCAAAAAGGGAGACACUGACGAGAAGGCGAUGAAAAUGGCCAGUUUUUGGUUGACGGAAAAGGAUCUGGUCCCAAAGCUCUUCAAGGUCUUCGCUCCACGGUUUGAGAAUCAAACACAUGGCUACACACGAAUGGGACGCCUUCCUAACAGACAGAACCUGGACAGAGCGAAGAUGGCCGUCCUGGAGUACAAAGGAAACCCCUACCCACCUCUUUAUCCUGUGAGGAAAGAGAAUGAAUUGACACUCAUCAACCAGCUGCUCAAAGGCUACAGAGAGGAGAGGGCACAGAAGUUACCUGCAAAAGCUUAAUCAGAACCGACCUGUUGUUGGAUCAGUGAUGGUCGUCUAUGAAGGGUGAUGGUUGGGUGCUGAAAUGCUUCUGAAGAGUCUCUUGCAGAUGCUGCAGGUCGUGGCUCAUAGACACUGAUUCAUUUCUUCACUAAGAAAACGAUUCAAAUGUCCAGCCAAGACAUGUUAAGUCAAGAGUGUUUCUGUAAAAGGACAUGUAUAACUGAUUAUGUGUUAAUAAAUAUUAUUUCUUAACAAAAGUA